GAAUCCUGGCUACGACCCUGAAAUAACGCCCCUUUUCUCACUCCCUUUCGUUCUGAUGCGCGUUUGCUACACCUGAGAGACUGCCGCAUAGCUACCGUCGACGCUGCAAAAAGACCUUCAGUCAUGGCAGGAGAGUCUGCAUUUGCUUAUCACAAUAUUAAUAUCAAUAAGCAUGAAAGUCUUGGUAGUGGAUCUUAUGGAACAGUGUACAAAGCUAAGUGUGAUGGACUACUGUGUGCUGCCAAGAUCAUGCACUCAACACUAUUUGACCAGAAUGAUCCUGGAGCAAGCUCCUACCUGCGUAAGUUCCAGGAAGAAUGUCACCUACUUAGCAAAGUUAGGCACCCAAAUGUAGUUCAGUACCUGGGUACCUGUAAGGACCCUGACACACAACUGCCUGUUCUUCUAAUGGAACUUUGCGAUGAAAGUCUAGCCGCAUUUCUAAAGCGAUCCCCAGGACCACUGUCAUACCACGUUCAGGUGAAUGUUUGCCACGAUAUAGCACUGGCUCUGGUCUACCUACACUCCAAUGGUCUCAUCCACAGAGACCUAACGGGAAACAAUGUCCUAAUAAUCUCUGGCCCUCGGGCCAAGAUAACAGAUUUCGGAAUGUCCAAGUUUGCCGCUGUUAAUCCAUGCAUGAUGACCAUGACCAAGUGCCCAGGUAAUGCCUUGUACAUGCCACCAGAAGCUAUUGAGGAUAAGGAAUCGGUAUCCUAUACAGCUGCGCUUGAUAUUUUCUCUUUUGGUGUAAUAGUCAUUCAGAUCUUGACCCGGUUAUACCCUAGUCCAACUGACCGCUUUAGUAAGUUUGAGGUGGAAGGAGUAAAAGAAGAUGUUCGAGUAGUCAUUUCUGAAAUAGAGCGUCGUCAGGCCCACCUCAAGUUGAUCCCAGACACUCACCCUCUUAAGCCACUAGCCCUCAGUUGUCUAGUGAAAUCUGAUGUGCGUCCUCUAGUUUUUCAGAUUUGUGAAAAGAUAUCUGAGCUCAAAACAUCUUCUCAGUACAUAGAGAGCAUGCAACAAGUGCAUGUUACCCCUCAGACAAAGAUCAGCAGUGACAUUCAACAACCUGAGCUGCAACAAGAUCAGUCACAUGAGCUUGAAAAAUAUUACACACCAAAUGGUUCUAUGCUAGUAGUGCAGCCUAGGAAAGAAACGCAUGAAACUCCAACAAAAGAAGCCAAGUUUGGUGAAAAGGAGCAAAAAGUUACUUCAAAGUUAGAAUUUCAGGGAAAGGAUAAUGAUAGGCAAAAAGAAAAACAGCAUGCAACAAAUUCCGAUAAUUUUGCAGCUAAACUAAAGUUAGUGGAAAAAAAUCAUAUGUAACACAUUGGUGUUCAAAAGCAUUUUAAAGAAAGCUUGCAGAAAAAAGAUGUUUCCCUUCAGCCCUCUAUAUCGUCCGCAUCUGUAGAUAAUGCCAGUGAAGACCAAUCUAAACAUCAACCACCAUCGGAGGCAACAGGCCUGAUAGAUAUGAGCAAAAUGAAGUGGAAUGAGGGUAAAAAUGCACCAGAUGCUAUGUCUAGAGGUGCAUCUGCAAUCCAUGGGAACAUUGUCUACCUCACAUCAGGUGGUUCGCUUAAAGUAUAUUCAUAUCAAAAUAUUCAUGGGGAGGAAAUAUGGUCCCAACUACCUGAUAACCCUAAUGAGAGUCAUGGUCUUGUAGUUAUUGAUGGCCUUCUCACCAGUGUAGGGGGUAGAAAUAAGCAUUUCACUAACAUGUUGCUCAGCCUUACCGGUGAAGAUAAGGAGAAACAGUGGCUCGUAAUUUAUCCUCCCAUGCUCACAGCUCGAAGCAGCCCAGCUUGUGUUACCACCGAUUCAUACCUAAUUGUUGCAGGAGGUUAUGGAUUGCAUACCUGUUUUGAUGCUGUUGAAUUAAUGCAUAUCGCAAACAAACAAUGGUUUAAAUCUUAUUCCCUUCCUAUGAAAUGCUCAGAAAUGUCUGCUACUGUGCAUGAAAACACACUAUACCUAGCAGGAGGGUCUAAAGAGAAGCCCGAAGGAGGGUUUACACCCUCGACGUCAGUCAUCAAAUGCUCCCUUCCUGAUCUCUGGUCAGGUUAUUGGCGAUUCUUAAAAUGGCGAUGGAUAAAUGUUUCUAGUUUACCAGUUAAACGGUCAACUCUUGUCUCGUUUGGUGGCGAGCUUUUGGCUAUUGGUGGCAAAGGUGAUUUACACCACCCCACUUCCGACGUCUACAAAUACAAUUCGAAAACAAACUCUUGGACUGUUACUAGUCAGCUUAAUAUGAAGCGAUUCGCUUGUUUCGCAGUUUCUCUUAUCGACCGCCUAGCUGUAUUUGGUGGAUUUACGGAGAGAAAGGUUGAUGGCAGGACAAACAGCAUUGAACUAUUUAACUGAAACACAGUUUUUGUAACAAUUCGGUUGUACCCUUUAUAUGUAGACACCCUUUCAUACAGUUAGGUUUUACACUAAUGUUUGUUAUGAA